AUACGUAUUCCGUAUUCCGUAUUCAGCGUCAUCAGCUGCAGUUUCACGUACGCAGCUCUCGGCCGUGCAAGUGUGUCCGUAUAUCCGUUUUCGGCCAUCUCUCUCGCUCUUGCGUGUCCGUAAUUGGCAGGUUCUCACAACGUAGCCCCCGUAGUCAGUAAGCCCGUAACCCAUAGAACGUAACCCAAGAGACGUGCCAAGUGCCGUAGAUAAAUUAACUGGACGCGAAUGCGGCUCAUUUGAAUGCCAAUCGAUUGACGGCUAGUUUGCCGCUACCGAUCCCGAUCCGUAGUGCGUGACCCCAUAGUUCCGUCGCAGGAUAUCAGGAAGGAUAACUGAAGACACGUACCACACGUGCGUGUGUGCGAUUGUGUGUGUUCUGUGAUGCGGCCUUCAAAACGAAUGCCACGCCCCCUUCAAUCCGUGUCCCAUGAAAUCCCAGUGCAAUAACAAGUGAUAAAAGUGAAGAUAGAAAAUAAAAAUAAUUGAAAACUCCCUGAUAUCAUCAGGCCUUUAAGAAGAUAUAUCCCAACCACACAAACAUGUUGCCCUACCAGGCAGCCGUGGCCAUGGACUACGCCGGCUACCAAAGGCAGCCCACGCCAGGACAUCCGGGUAGCCACAUGGCCACCAUGGGCUCCCUGGGCAUGCCGGCGGUGCCCUUCACCCACAGCUGGAUGGUGCCCACACAGGACUUGUGCGGCAUGCCGCCGUACAACAAAAUGCCCGGCCACCAACAGCCAACGGGUCCUGGCAUGCACGCCCAGCAACAGCCCCUCGAACCCGGCAUCCUGGAACUGCGCAAGGAGAAGUCGAGGGAUGCGGCGAGAUCGCGUCGCGGCAAGGAGAACUACGAGUUCUACGAGCUGGCCAAGAUGCUCCCACUGCCGGCUGCGAUUACCAGCCAGCUGGACAAGGCCUCCAUCAUAAGACUGACCAUCAGCUACCUGAAGCUGAGGGACUUCUCCGGACACGGCGAUCCGCCAUGGACGAGGGAGGCCUCCAGCAGCAGUAAGCUCAAAAGUGCCGCCAUUCGUCGCAGUCCCGCUGUUGAUUUGUUUGAACAACAUCAGGGCACCCACAUAUUACAGUCCUUAGAUGGUUUUGCCUUGGCUGUGGCGGCAGACGGUCGCUUCCUGUACAUUUCCGAGACGGUGUCCAUCUACUUGGGCCUGUCGCAGGUCGAGAUGACCGGCAGCAGCAUCUUCGACUACAUCCACCAGGCGGAUCACUCGGAGAUCGCCGAGCAGCUGGGCCUGAGCCUCACGAGCGGCGGCGGCGGAGGAGGAGGCGGUGGAGCCGGAAGUUCCAGCAGCGGCGGUGGAGGCGGCGGAGCGGGAGUGGGCAUGGCCUCACCCACUUCCGGAGCCUCCGACGAUGGCAGCGGCACACAUGUUGCCGCCUCCAUGACCCAAGCUUCUACCGCUGGCUACAAGGGCUACGAUCGGAGCUUCUGCAUCCGGAUGAAGUCCACUUUGACCAAACGCGGCUGUCACUUCAAGUCUUCAGGCUAUCGGGCCAGCGAUGCAACGAGCAAUUGCAACAACGGUAACAAUGCUAGUAACAAUGCUAAAAACGUUAAGAAUCCGGGCUCAAACUAUUCGGUGGUUCUGCUGCUGUGUAAGCUGCGUCCCCAGUACACCUUCUCCCACAGUCGCAAGUCGCAGCCCCCGCUUUUAGGAAUGGUGGCCCUGGCCAUCGCAUUGCCUCCCCCUUCGGUGCAUGAGAUUCGGCUGGAGUGCGACAUGUUCGUGACCCGGGUGAACUUUGACCUGCGUGUGGCCCACUGCGAACCAAGGGUAUCCGAUCUGCUUGACUAUUCGCCCGAGGAUCUGGUAAACAAGAGCUUGUACUCACUGUGUCACGCCGAAGAUGCCAAUCGCCUGCGCAAGAGCCAUUCAGAUUUGAUCGAGAAGGGUCAGGUGCUGACCGGCUACUACCGACUGAUGAACAAGAGCGGUGGCUACACGUGGCUCCAGACCUGCGCCACCGUCGUCUGCAGCACCAAGAACGCGGAUGAGCAGAACAUCAUUUGCGUCAACUAUGUGAUCAGCAACCGGGAGAACGAGAACAUGAUCCUGGACUGCUGCCAACUGGAGCCCAGUCCAGAUAGCAUAAAGCACGAGGAGGGUCUGGGCAACGACAAGAGCAGUGGGUCGCCUGGAGGAGAUGGCAAUGGCAACGAGGGCAAUCUGAGUGCCGGGGACAUGAAGCUCAACUCACCGAAAACCACCGAUCCCGAGAAUCAUUCGCAUCGCGGCCGCGGGCGCAGUGCAGCCGCCUCGCACGGCAGCAGCCUGAAUAGCCUCACCAUGAUCAAGGACAGUCCGACGCCGCUGGGCGUGGAUAUCGGUGGUGAUUCGGGCGGGGUGCUGCCCACCACAGUGGCCACUCCAGUGCCAGCAGCCACGCCAGGCAUCAGUAAUUCCUCUUCGAGUGGAGCUGCAUCCACCAAGAGGAAGAGGAAAACAAAGGCUGCCCAGCAGGCCGAGGAUCAGGAUCAGCAGCAGGUGAUUCCCGAGCAGCCUCUUCCCAAACUACCAGCCAUGGAGCAGCGGGAUCAGUCGCAGCCCCGCAGUCGCUUGCCCUCGAUUGUGGACGAACAGCAGCAGCAGCCGGCGGAUUCGGCGGUCAAGGAUCUGGAGCAGGCCAUGUCCAAGCAUUUGCCCUCGCCGGCGGCAGUGGUGGCUCCUCCGAACACCGACUUCAGUGCCGACUCCCUGAUGAAGCAGCAGCAGCAGCAGCUGGAUCCCAACGAGAAGAGCAGCACCAUCCAGUGGAUAGGAGGACCCUACCAACAGCCUCCGCCGGCGCCCAUGCCGGCCACCGCUCUGCUCCGGCAGCUGUACGCCAACCGGGAGAGCGUCAUCCGGGCGACGGCCAGGCAAACGCCCACGGGAGGAGUCUUCUACGGCGACCACCAGCAGACGGGUCCGCUGCCCACGCCGCCGGGCAGUGAGUCCUCCUACGAGAAUCAAUACCUGCAGCUGCACUCGGCCUCCGCCGGCGGAGGAGGAGGCGUCGGAGUUCAUCCCGGUGGCCAGAAGACCUCCGCCGAUGCCUUCACCAAUCUCGUGUCCACCUACGGUGGCUAUCACUCAUCCAUCGAUUACCACAACGCCAUGACCCCGCCCAGUUCGGUCUCCCCCCGGGAUUCCAAUCAGCCGGGCAAGGCUGCUCCUGUCCUGACCUCCAACGGUGGCUAUGCCGACUACGCACCCGAUCCCCUGCGUGGUCAGUAUGUGAGCACAUCCUCGGGAGACGUUGUGCCCGCCACGCUGCCGCUGAAACCGCAGGCCUCCUACACGGCCACCAUGCAUCCCUCGGGCAGCACAACCACCGAGGGUGGGGUGACCUACAGCAAUCUCGACCAGCCGCAGUACUUUGCUCCGCACUCGAGCUUUCAUCUGUACCACAAGGGCAGCCCGGCCAGCGGCUGGUACUCCACGCCCUCCUAGGUGACAGACGAUCAGGUUCCGCAGUCCUGUCAUCAGGAUCAAUACCACCACUACCAUCACCAGGAUGCAGCUGCGGGAUCCGGGGGCAACCAGGCGGCGGCUGGGGAGCGAUGGGACUUCGUGGGGGCGCUGGGCAAGGUAGCCAGGAUGUUCUUCAGCGCCAGGAAGGGGAAUCCGGGAUAGAGGGGAGGUGCUAAAG